CAUAUGAUAUGUAGUUGGUUACAAAUCAGAAUGUCCGAAAUAGAUGCUUGCCCCUCCUUUUCAACAAAGACUCUGUUCUUCCAAGAAUAAACCCUGAGAAAUCAAUUCCUCUUUUUGGAUCUGCCCUUGCCCGAACUUGUAUGCAUCACGUUCUUGUUCUGUCACUCAAACUUGCAAUAUUUCUUGAUACACAUCAAUUUCUGUGGUCGUUUGUCCUAGGUUUUGGUACUGUAUGAUCCCUUUAUUUGGCUUCUAAAUUAAAGGGAGAAAACUUUGUCAUGAAAAAACUUGAUUCUUGAUUCAUGGGGUUGCAUGAUUAGUGUUACAAUCAGUUAGUUGAUUGUCUGAGAAUAUCCUGAGAACUUCAGAAACCAGAUGAGCUAUGGAAACCGAACACGUGAAAGGAAUCAGUGAGCCUGUAAAGACUCAAGAUUUUUCACCUGCUUCUUCUGCGUCUCCGCCUUGUUCUAGUUCUUCAUUGAAAAUUGAAAAUAUUAAAAAGGGACACUCUGGUGAUCCGUCUGGUAGAUUCAGAUCUCUGUCAUUCGGUUCCCAGACACCUGAAUGGGGCAUGAUAAGUGCAUCUCCACCGGUAGGGUUGGUGGCGCCCUCAUCACCAGAUUGCUACAAUGCUUCUCCAGAUUUAGAAAUGAAGUCUCCUCCAGUCCAGACGAUGGACCAGCCGGAAGGUUAUGAUCCAAACCGUAUUCCAGCAUCCAUAUUCUCGACUAAAGGUACAAAUGCAUCAGAUUGGAGUGUUGCCUCAAACGAGUCGUUAUUCAGCAUUCAUACGGGGACCAACAGUUUAUCCCGGGAUCACACACCUUUUUUUGGGAAGUCGGGAGAACUUGGCAGGCUAGACGAAUCGAACAGUUCACCAUGCAAUCUUCCUUGUGUUUCUGAAGCCAAAUCUCAUGAAUUGAAUAGCCUUCCCCCACUUAUGGAAGUACCAACACAUGAAGAAUGUAGUGUAAGUUCAGGCAAUAUUUCUAAACGUGAAGACGUAGAUCCCAAUACUAGCACGGAGGCAGCCAUCGAGGAUCAUGCAAAGCAAAACACGAGUCCUGCUCCAGAAGUUCACUCUAAAGGAGGCGAGACUACUCAGACUUCCACAAGUACCCCUCGCAUGUCGACAAGCAACCCCCGUCUUUCUGAGGAAAGUGGAAAUAGCAGCAGAUCUUUUGCAUUCCCAGUAUUAGUGAACGAUGGAGGAAAGACCGGCUCGUUGAACAUGGCCACGGAGAAACCUGAGAAACCACAGUUGGAAGCACAAACCUCUAAAGAAGCUCCUAAAGAUUCCAACACGAAAUGGUUUUCUAGAUUCUCCUGUUGGCCUCGGUGCUGUUAACAACAUUAUGCUGUUUACCGAUGAUACUUAGUCAUAACCCAUACCUUUAAGACCUGCUUAGCUUCAUUAAACCAGAGGGUCUAGCUUAGGGAGACUAGUUCAAUUUUGCAGUCUUGAAAACAGCAAGCUUCAAGAUCCUGAGCCUGACUGUUCUCCCCUGUUAGUUUCUUUAUGUGACUACUUCACCAGGGAUUCAGGAGUAGUUGCUCUUAGAUUUUCUAGGAAGCAAGCAGGGAAAAUUUAUAUGACUCGAAA